UGGUGCACCGUGUGCAUCUGGUGACGGCACGAGCUUUACGAGUGGGCAGUGGGAUAUUGUUAUCGAGUCUACUUUACAUCAUCUCUACUAUUUAACUAUUCAAAGAUGGCCUCCAGCUCCAGCGCAAUGUGGACCUCUUCAUUCAGCGUUUUAAUUGCGCUUGUUUUAACGCUGUCGACUGCGUCGGCAUGGAUCACCUCAGACUACGCCGACGACUCCAGCAACUCCGUGUACGACAACGAAGAUGUCAGCGACAUGGUGGAGACUGGGCGGUUGGCGUACGUAACCAUCGGUAACAACGGUAUUGUGGUCACCGUUAACAAGACGUCUAUAGUUCUCGGGACGAUUAAAACGAUAUUACUUUUAGGGUUAGCAGCAGCAGUGGCAGCCGGUAUUGCCGCCGCCAUUGCUAUCCCUCUGGGCGUAGCUAUUCCGCUCGGGAAGAAACACAAAAAUGGAGAUGAAGACUACGAAUAUUAUUCCGGAGGAGGUGGAUAUGGCAGCAGUGGUGGUGGAUACGGGGCGUCGGGUGGCGGCUCGUCCUACAGUAGCUACGCCAAAAGGUCUCUUGAGGUGAUGUCGCCGAUCAUGAACGCCCUGUACUCCGCUUACCAGAAGUACAGCGGCGACGAUGAAGAGAAACCAGCGCUGUAACUGCGCGGACGCGCGUCUUCUUCAAGGGGAACUGAGCGAGACAGUUGACGUCCGACGAUGCAACCAAACUGUCAACUGACAAUUGGUUUACCAGUUGACAUAGACUAUGCUCAUCUGACAACUGACAUCUGACCAAGAAGACAAACUGCUGCAAACUCUGGGCAGCUGCUAAAUGACACCUGACAAAGUUGACGUAUUGACAAGAACAUUGUGCAGCUGACGCCUGACAAAGUUGAAAUGUUGACAAGAACAUUCUGCAGCUAACGCCUGACAAAGUUGAAAUGGUGACAAGAACAUUCUGCAGCUAACGCCUGGCAAAGUUGAAAUGUUGACAAGAACAUUCUGCAGCUAACGCCUGACAAAGUUGAAAUGUUGACAAGAACGUUGGGCAGCUGACGCCUGACAAAGUUGAAAUGUUGACAAGAACAUUACGCAGCUGAUUCCCGAGGAAGCUGACAUGUUGACAAGAACGUUAGUUGGUUGACCCCUGCCAAAAUUGACAUGUUAAAUUGAUAAGAACAUUUGCCGGAUGACAUUGACAAAGUUGACAUGUUGACAAAAACAUUGGGCAGCUGACACCUGACAAAGUCGGCCUGCUUACAAUGACAAUAUGCAGCUUCCAAAUGACUGUGCGUUGAAAUCGCCAAGCACGUUUAAUGUUCUGACGUUCGACAGCCCAAAGUAUGACUAUCAGCACAAUAGCCAAUGAAGACGAAGUCUUUUCUAUGUAUAUUGUGCCAAUAGAUAAACGAAGUGACAACUAUUGUACCAGACUCGCUUGGCCGAUAGAAAAAAAAAAUUAAAAAGACUAGCAUGGCCGAUAAAAGAAAGUCAAAACGAACGACUAGACGUGACCACAACUAACUAUGAACUUGACUUUAAAUACAAAUGAAUUGAAAAAAACAAUACAAGGUCCAGACCACAAAUUUUGGAAUGUGCAAAUUUGACUGAGAAAAUGCCAAGGACUUUAAUUCACAUGUUCACAUAGAAAGCCAACAGUGAGAUGUCAGUAUCUUGAAUUUUCUUGAUGUUUCUAUCGUUAUACGUCAGAUUUUUGUCAUAAUUUAUGCUUGCAUUGGAUCCACAUUGGAGUGACAAUGUCUCAAUUUAUUUCAAUUCUAAAGAAAAAUCUGUAUUUUAUGGUAAAUAUAAUGCCUUAAUUUAUUGAAUGCGUUAAUUAGAUUAAAUUUUGAGCCAAUGAUACAAGAAGUAUUUGUUGAAACUUUCACCAAAAAUACGUGAAUGUCUAGCGUGCAUGUUAUUUAUUUGCAGAUAUUUUGAUUUAAGAACUAACUUAUUAUGAUUUAUUACAUAAUAUCGCAAAUCCUUAAUUCACUUAGCACCGAUCUAUCGAUCCUUCCGUGAAACUACCAAUCACAUUUGAUUUUGUGCCAAUAAGCAAUCAAAAGUUAUUCAAUAUACUCAUUGGUGACGUUUCUCGGGAUUAUGUUAAGAAUUACAGCAGAAAGACGAAAAUCAAAUGACUCUUCAUAGUUUUUUAACAAAGUUAAACUGCAAACUUGCUAAUGAGGAGGAAAUUAGUUGUUGGCUAAUUUCUUAAUUUGUUAGAAACUGAGGCAGCUCUGCUAAUGAUCUUUAAAUAACAAUUGAAAAGCAUUAGGCUUACAUAUGUCUUGAAUGUUUAUUAACAAAAAUAGUAAAGACAGCUUGUAAAGGUUUAGCAAUUAGGUAAUUCAAGUACAGCUGCAUAUAAAUUUUAGCUCGAAGACUGAAAUAUCUUGGAUUACAGUUUUAUAAUGAUUCUUUAGCUUUCCGCCUAUUUUUGACCAUAAUUCCACAAUAUUUUGGCGGACAACAAUAUCUGUUACCAAACACUCAACUUGUAUUAAGCGCUGAUGCCAAUUUCAUUAUCAUAAGCCUUUUCUUCAUACUAGUUUCGUCGUCAGUUUAACAACUUUUUUUAUGACUCUUUUGUUCGACGAGCGACAACAUGUGGAACUUGUCGUAGGUAACAGGAUUACUGUUUAGUUUUUUGAGCGAUGACAUGUGAAACUUGUCGUAGGUGACACGAUGACUAUUUUGUUAGAUGAGCGAUAACAUGUAAAACUUAUCGUAUGUGGCAUGAUUACUGUUUAAUUUUAAUAGCGAUAAUUUGUUAAAUUGGUUGUAGGUGACACAAUGACUGUUUUGUUUGACGAGCCACAGCACGUGGAACUUAUCGUAGAACGCAUGAUGACUGUUGUGUCUGAUGAGCGAUAACAUGUGAAACUGUCGUAGGUAGUUUUAUGGCUUUUAUUUGCCGAGUGAAAACAUGUGAAAUUUAUCGUUGGUGACACGAUGACUGUAUUGCUAGAUGAGUGACAACAUGUGAAACUUAUCGUAGGUUACAAGAUGACUGUUUUGUUUGACGAGCGAUAAUAUGUGAAAUUUGUCGUAGGUGACUCGAUGACUGUCUUGUUUGACAAGCGAUAACAUAUAAAACUUGUGGUAGGUGACACGAUGACUGUUUUGUUCGACGAACGAUAACAUGUGAAACUUAGGUGACACGAUGACUGUUUUGUUUGAUGAGCGAUAAUACGUGAAACUUGUCGUAGGUGGCAUGAUGACUGUUUUGGUUAAUGAGCUUGUGUUAAUGUCGUGAAAAGUGAGACUUGUGGCAUCACGACUGAUGACUUUAAUGUUACCUAUGAGGCCCAGUAUAAAGACGCGGAAACUAUCUUGCUGUAAGAUUUUUGUUGAAGAAUAAAAGAAAUAUUUAUUCGUUGUUGAUUAUUGUUUAAUAUUAAUUCUUAUUUAUGCGUCCAGCAGCUGACGAUUCGAAUGUUGCUUACAUUUUCAUGAGCUGUUUUGGACUGUCAAUCUCGUCCUAUUUAUUGUUAUUAGUAAUAAGACCUGUUUAUUUCCCAAUAAACGAAGUAC